CCAACAUCCAUUCCCGCUCCCCAACUUCCGGCUCCCGCUUCCAAGGUUCCAGGAGUUUUGGCGUCCGGGCACGUCGGAGCGGCCAUGACGGCCCGCGGGACUCCGAGUCGCUUCCUUGGCAGCGUCCUAUACAACGGACUGGGCCGCUACGUGCAGCAGCUGCAACGUCUCAGCCUCAGGGUCAGCCGUGACUCUCCUUCCUCCCGCGGCGCCAGGGAGUUUGUGGAGCAGCACGUGACGGACUUCGCACGGAGGAACCCGGGGGUCGUGGUCUACGUGACGGCGAAGAAAUGCCACGCGCCCCUGCUGGUGGCGGAGUAUCUGAACGGCUCCGUUCAGGAGGUAGCUGUCGGUAAUAAGACGGUCGAGGAGAUCGCCACGCUGAUCCAGAAGCUCGCCGACCAGUCGGGCCUGGACGUGAUACGCAUUCGGAAGCCCUACCACACGCACCACCCCAGUAUCCAGGGGCAGUGGCACCCCUUUACCAACAGGCCUCCCCAGCUGGGCAGGGAAGGCAUCACCUGUGGCCCUGACCGUCAGCCCCAAUAAAACCUAUUUAUUUCCGCCGA